AAGCGAGGCCAUUCUGGGAAAGCCCUUCCUGUCCACGUGUUGUAAUUGUAAACACUGAUCACAGCUAGUAAUGCCUCCCAGGAGAAGGCCGACAACAGCACCACCGUUAUUAGCAGGAAGAUUACACAAGGAACACAAAGAUGAGGACUCGGCCAGUAGUAGCAACGACAAGAAACAUGUCAAGAAAUCCAAGAAGUCUGUGACAGAGACUCAAGGAAGAAGUUUGACAGCCCGAUGCAUCGCUUCCCUCAAAUACAUCCUGCUGUUCAUUAUAAUUCCACCGUUCAUAAACUACGCUUCUCUCCAGAAGGAAUACAGCACCCUGAAACCCACAGGUGAGCUGUAUGAUGUUGGCUGGGGACAGAAUCUGUUCAUGAUGUGUGAAGGCAAGGGACCACCUACAGUGAUUCUAGAUGCCCCUACAGGGAUGACCUCGGACGUGUGGACGCUGGUGUGGCCGAAGCUUGCUAAACAUGCCAGGGUGUGCAUCUAUGACAGGGCGGGACUCGGCUUCAGUGAACGACCCUACGUUAAUCAAUCCCAGACGCAGGAGGAGAGGAAGUACACAAGGAACCAGUGGCAGCCAUACACGGGGGAGAGGAUGGUGGAUGACUUGAACCAGCUCUUCACGGUCAGCAGCCAGCAGCCACAGCCGUUCAUUCUAGUUGGAGCAGAGCUCGGGGCCCUGGUCAGCAUGUUCUACACCCAGAUGUAUGAGGGCAGUGUCCUGGGCCUGGUACUGGUCAACCCACUGUCUGAGAGGCUGUUUGAGCAGGACCAGGGUGUGUGGACGCAGUACUGGUUUGGCCAGCUGAUUCCAACGUACCAGUCCUUCCAGCUGGGUGCAGCGCUGGGACUCAUGAGGCUGGCUCUGAUGGUGGGCAUCAUGAAGCACCCCCUGGCUGGGGUGGAGCUACCCCCGGAGGUGGAGAUGAGGCAGAAAUACUUGCUGUGCAACCCCAGACACCUGAGCUCCGUGGUAGACGAGCAUCACUUCAUCAACGAAACAUUCUCACAGAUAAAAACACUACGCCUGAUGAAGUCAAUUCCCAAGAACAUCUCGGUCACCCUCAUCACCGGGAACUACUAUGAUGAACAGAUCCCCAGCCCCCUGAACAAGGCAUGGGCCAAGUCAGAACAGUCGCUCAUCUCCAGUGAGCUGCCUCAUGCGACACACAUCGUGGUGAACGGAGCCGACCAUCACAUGCUGUACAGGGAUCCGUCAGCGGUUAUAGAGCCAGUCGUCAAAAUAAUCAAACUAUACAAACUAAGACACAAAAACCAAUAGAUGAUAGCACCAUAUUUUUAUAGUUCAACAGCGCAUACUUCAUGUUAAUAUUUAACCUAUUUCCUUUGUUUCUCAGGACGGCUAAGGAACAUAUGGUCGUGAUCCGGUCAGUGGGGCAAACAGCUGGGGACUUAAAUUCAGAGAAGUGCUGAGCUAUGGGAAUAUGCAACACCGAGUCAUUGGCAAAUAUCCCUGUCAUGAAUGAUCAUACAGUGAACAAAUAUCCAUGAACCAAACUGUCAUGCCUUCCUCUGAAUGAAAAAUAUCCAUCAAUAUUUGCUCAAAUUACACUAAUAACAAAAUAGUGAAUGUCAGCCAAUUGCCAUUUAAUUAUGUUUGAUUUGAUGACUUUAAUUAACCUAGGAUUUACUAUAAUUGAGCAAAUUGUAAACUAAUUACCUGUGCUGACAUGCAGUGCUGUGUAAGGGGAGAUAAGUCUAUGCAAGUCAUGGUUGCUGUCUGAUUGAGGGCACUGGGCAACUGUUUCCAUGGAGAAAGUUUUGUGCAUAAUGGCCACGAGUUGUGUACCGGUAGUUCUUUCCAUUGCUAGUCAACUGAUGGAAGGAGAAUAAUAAAACAUUCCGUCAUUUCAUUGUUUUCAUUCUGUAAAAAUGUUGCAUUUGAAAUAAAUUGGCUACAUCUUUU